AUGGCGGCUUACAUACAUGCACACAGACAAACACGCAUAUAUAUUUUUUUUUUGCGUGACUGCUGCUUUAUAUGGAGGACCCAACAAUUCAAGAAGAAGAUGUUUGUGUGUGUGGGGAGGGGGAAAGAAGGAGCAAAAAUUUCCUUCAAGAUAAUCCUUCAAAAGGAUGUAUUGACUGGACAUAAUCUCUUUAUUAUUAUUAUUAUUAUUAUUACUCUUUUCCCCUUCGCUCUCUCUCUCUCUCUCUCUCUCUCUCUUUACAAUGUACGCAUGCCUAACGUAUACACAUGCCGUUGUAAUGCAUGUCUCUCUUUGGUGAGGAAAAAGAAAUUGACAACAGAUUUGAUGUACUCCCAACAGCAUGUCGUUUUUCUUGGUUCACCUUCACUACCGGCGUUGGCUUUACUUGCACUGAUUCAAUUCACCGUAUUUGUACAGGCGGGCUAUCUCGACUGUAACUGUAACCACGGUUUGGUGACUCAAGAAACACCGCAAUGUGUGUGUAGCUGCUUUGGCGACUACCUCCCUCCCCAUUGCCUCUACACCCCAAUGGACAUUGCGGACAUGCAGAUAUGGCUUAGCCAAAGCAGUAGGCCUUCUUUUGACGGCAACAACAACAACGUGAGUGCGAACUUGUCGCUCUUUGCUGCAGACAUCAUAUCCGGGCUGAGUUUGGGCCUUCAACGAAACCCGGGCGACGGGACGCUGAGAUUUGUGCGUGCGAAGGCCGCCGUCAUUUCAAGUCCCGGCCCAACCCUCGAGACUUCGUGCACGGUGAUGGCAGUGGUGGCGAUGCCCGGUUGGAUGGCACGGCAGCUCCUUGCCGAUGUCAAGCAUGGCACCACCACCGGCUACGUCUUCCAGAACUGUUUUACCGGGGCGAUGUACACAAUGACGGCAGCCUUUGAUGACACGACGGGCCCGGCGUUGCCGCAGCGCUACACCGACAGCAGCAUGGCCUUUUUCUGGCGUGUCAAAAGCUCCUGGUACGUCUCCUUUUCUACUCUCGUCUGGCCCCUGUGCGCCCUCAUCGUCGCGGUGCUGCUGCCAUUAGUGGAGAGCCACCGCAUCUUCAACACAGCGUUUAACGCGACGUACGUUUCUGUGCGUCCCCCGGGCGCGACGGCUGCAGCGGCGGACGCGAGGCGUAGAGAGUAUACCAGCAACAACGACAACAGGAAUGGCGGCAUAAUGCCCACUCGCGGUAAAAAGAAGGGGCAGCAGGAGAUCAAGAUGCAUGCGAAGAAGUCAAAUUUGGUGCCCGACGGCAGGGACUUCGCAGCAUCACAGCAACAGUACGAAAAGCAUCGAAAGAGAGAGAUCCCACAACAAAAUAACACCGUUGGGGGACCUUCGAAUGCAUGUGAGUUGACGAAUCCACUCAAUCCGCAAUAUAAAAGAGACGGCGGUGACGGAAGCGACGCGUGA